AUGGUCUUGCGGUGGUAUCAAGCUAAGCUCGCACAGCGACCUCUCCUGACUCAAGCAGUUACAACUGCUGUGCUGUUUGGAGCUGGCGAUGGCCUUGCGCAGCAAGCUGUUGAAAGGAAAGGAUUGCAGAAACAUGAUUUGCAACGCACAGCGCGAAUGGCUGCCUAUGGUGGUUUGGUUUUCGGCCCAGCUGCCACAAAGUGGUAUCAGUUCCUGCAGAAGAACGUGAAUCUUGGUAGCAAGACGACCACGACGAUCGCUCGAGUAGCAGCAGACCAAUUGGUUUUCGCUACGACAAAUAUGGCCAUCUUCUUAUCUACUAUGGCUUACCUCGAAGGUGAAUCUCCUAGGAAGAGGCUGGAAAAAGCAUAUCUACCUGGUCUCAAGGCCAAUUGGGCAAUAUGGCCAGCAGUACAGGGUGUUAAUUUCACGGUGGUGCCGCUUGAGCACAGGGUGUUGGUGGUCAAUAUCGUGAGCUUGGGCUGGAAUUGCUAUCUGUCCUAUCUGAACGCUGGCUCCGGUAGUUGA